AUGAUCAACACAGAUGGCGCCGGUACUUGGCCACCACAGGCAUCUCAUCGCGACUCUUGGCCCGCUUCGCUUCAGCCGUAUCAUGAUAUCUUCCUUGAUCUAGCUCCACUGCUACCCGUUGAUCAAAUUUGCGUCAAUGAUGCGAUAAAUCAAAGCCGUCGGAUCGAAUACCGCACUCGUCUGCAGAAACUGCUACAAGAACGUGUGGACCUUGCAGCGGUCGAGUCGGAUCUAAUUAUGUCUGAAGAUUCCAAGACGUCAUCGCUCACGAGUGACGGUUACAACGGAUUUUUCGCAUGUAUCAGCACCUUGCGACAUGCCUUCAGAUGGGGCACCGUGCCCAUCGUUAAGGUUGCACAACAGGAGAAGGUUAUCAACUUUCCAUCUGAACUCGACCUCCCGUGGAAAUUUCUGCGUUGGAGAUACGGAAGUCAAUCUCCAGGAGGCAAUACCAUGUCGAACUUCUAUUGUAAUUUUGAUUCCGAUGGAAAUCUUGUAUACGCAGUCAACAGGAGUAUGCCCGAACCGAUACCAUCAGCAGAGCACAAUUUGAUUUACUCGUUCACUGAGCCAGAGAGAAAGGUGUGCAUCGUUUCCUUUUUUUUAGAGCAAUCAUUGACAUAUUUCAAGGCAGUACCAAUUUACUACCACAUUGUUCAAUCUAUCCUGUUCUAUGAAAAUGGUCAAAAACUAAAGUGCAAAGAACACCUGAAGAAAGUUAAUCUGCACCUCCGCACAGCGUUACGGAUUUACUACGAGAAUGUCAUUGACUCAAAAAUUCCACGCAGUGUCUUUACGGCCUAUAUUCAAGGCUUCCAUGGUUGGGCCGCUGGUGAGAAUGUGAAUGGAAAGUAUAUUGAAUAUGACGGGAUUUCUGGCGCUCAUCUCGUUUUGUUUAAUCUACUCGAUCUCUUCCUCGAACUCGCUCCAUUCCUCGAGGAGCAAAGUUUCGUGAACUAUAUUCCUGCCUCGCAAAGGAAAUUCAUUGCGUCUAUCAAAAGUCACGCAUUCCGGGGUGAAGCAAAGCGGGCUGGCGAUGUGGAGGUGGUGCUGCAAUUGGAGGAUAUGGUGAAGCAGCUUCGGGUGCGUCUCUUUGCAAAUAUACAAAAUUCACACUGA